GAGCCCAGCCAGUGAUGACAAACAAGCUCCUGUAGAAUUGUGGGUAGAUAAUAGACAUGUAAACAAAAGGAUUCCUAAAUACCUCCUUGCUCAUCAUUUUCUUCUUUUGCCCAGCGUGCGCGCAACCUUCACGCAGUAGGACCCUGCGGAAUCCAGGCUGCUAUGGCACUCCCGUUCACCAUCAGAAUCCAGUUGCUGCUCCUGCGGGCAGUCGGCUUUCUCAUCGGCCUCAUAGGCCAAGCAGCUCGAGCUUUUGGCGGCCCCAAGUUUAGCUCAGGAACAACGAGGCCUGUGACUGAACCACUACUCCUGCUUUCAGGUGUUCAGCUGGCCAAGCUGAUUCGACAGAGGAAGGUGAAGUGCAUAGAUGUUGUUCAGGCUUAUAUCAACAGAAUCAAGGAUGUGAACCCAAUGAUCAAUGGAAUCGUCAAGUACAGUAACAGAAAUAGAUGCUUGGAUCCAUCAUUCUAGAGUAAAACUGGCUGGCACAGCUGAUGCCCUUGGAGAGUGGGAGACUGCCCUCGAUCCAGAGAGACCUCUUUGCCUGACAACACAGAAAAGGAGAUGACGAUCUCAAAGCCCUGCUCUGACUACACCGGAAGUUGGUCAGUCAACGCAUGGCUGAAGCUUGAGGAAUCGGCAGCCUGGUAAAAUAAACUGCCUUACCUCUCUUCCACAAGAGACUCUCCGUCAUAUACUGUUAUUUUAUGACCAACAUGUAUGUUUGCUGCCUGCUGCUGUUAAUCUGGUCCCCUUUGGUUCUGUCAGGAUCCAUGUCCUCAUGUGACCUGUGCAUUCGAGUGACCCGAUCAGAUCAAGGGGUUACAUGGACUUUGCUUUACUCCACUCAUUUCUCCUGUUCUGGAGAAAUUCAUGGAAGUUGUACUCACAACAGGACCACUUAUUCUAUCUGUCAACAGGGGGACCAAUAUACUUGCUUUGAUCCAUGAUACUCACCAACUGAGGAAUGGUUAGAAGUCUGGCGCUCUCAUAAAUCAGGGCAGCUAAUUAAUCGGACCCAAAUUACCAACCCCAAGUUGCCAGUGUCAGUACUUUUUGAUGCCUGUGAAGCUGUGAAUGGGUCAUGGACUUCUACUAGACCAUGUGAAAGCCCAUCAUGGGAAAGAGAAUAUAGGCUCCAGCAUAAAUAUAUGUGCUGGGGGACCACCUGGAACGAUUGUCUGGAAUACACUUACUGGAGCUGUGUGGCCUGGACAACCUGGAAUAAGGGAGACAAAACAGCUGUCCUUCAAAAGGGUACAGCCCCUCCAGACUGCCAGACUAAAGCUUGUAACCCAGUUAAUUUCACUAUUUUCAAUUCCAGUGAGCCCAAAUGGAAGGAGGGUUUCAAAAUAAGCAUUCGCAUUGACGGAAGAGGCCUUGACCCUGGAGCUGUGCUACAUUUCCAGAGAAUCACGUUUGCACUCCAAGCUGCCUCUCACAGCAUCUUUCAUUCCUUUUAUGAAGAAAUAAGAAACACCCCACCUCCCAUUCCGGCCACAACUAAGAACUUGUUCUUAGCCCUGGCAGAAACUAUUGUACAAACUCUCAAGGUCUCCUCUUGUUAUGUAUGCAGGGGAACAAACACAGGAGACCACUGGCCUUGGCAAGCCAGAGAACUGGACCCAUUAGAGCUUCAUAAUGAGACUGCAUACCCCCAACUCACCAAUGGGGUAUGGCUCCUCAGAACUGCUAUUAUAGGGAGAAAUUGUCUUGUGAGGCGGGUAGGAUGGUUUAAUGUUUCAGUUAAAAGCCUAACGUGUUUAGGCCUAAGGUAUUAUAAUCUGACUGCCCAAAAGACUCAAUGGUGGUCAUCCUCCAAUCGCUCAGAGCCCAAGCCUAAUCCCUUGUCUAACUUUUCCCACCUUCGACAAGCAUGGGAAGAUAUCAGUACUAAUAUCCAGUGGCGGGCACCAAAGGGAUUAUAUUGGAUUUGUGGAAAAAUGGCCUAUUCCAUACUCCCCCAAAAUUGGGCUGGGGCAUGUGUACUGGGAACAAUCAGACCUUCCUUCUUCCUGCUCCCACUGUCACUAGGGGAGCAACUGGGGGUUCCUAUAUAUAGGGUACAGGGUGCCCAGAGAGACCGGAGGGCUCUCCAAAUUGGAAACUGAAAAGAUGAUGAAUGGCCCCCAGAACGGAUAAUUCAAUAUUAUGGACCUGCCACCUGGGCAGAGGAUGGCUCUUGGGGAUAUCACACCCCUAUCUAUAUGCUGAACCACAUCAUCAGACUACAGGCGGUUUUAAAACUUAUAACAAAUGACACUACAAGGGCCUUGACUAUAUUGGCCCAAGAACAAACUAAAAUGCGCAGUGCAAUCUACCAAAAUCGCUUGGCCUUGGAUUAUUUACUUGCUUUUGAAGAAGGGGUUUGUGGAAAAUUUAACUUAAGUAAUUGCUGUCUACAAAUAGAUGACACCAGAAAGGUGGUAGAAGAAAUUGUUGACCGCAUGACUAAACUAGCCCAUGUACCUGUACAAACUUGGAAAGGAUGGGAUGCAGACAGUCUCUUUGGUAAAUGGUUCUCUUGGUUGGGAGGAAUUAAGACAAUGGUCGGAAUAGUCAUGGUUAUACUCGCAGGGUGCCUACUUGUUCCCUGCCUUGUACCUCUCCUGAUAAAUAUUAUAAAAGGUUUUAUAAAAACCAUGGUUGAAAAAAAAAAAAAAACAGCCUCCCACCUGCUACUUACUAGAGACUACCAAAGGGUUAUGACUGAUGAUGAUCUGUAAAGGGUGCAGAUACACCCUGAACAUCAAGAGGGGGGAAUGAAAUGGAGUUUUAACUAAGGAACAACCCCCCCCCUUGGC